AUGGCAUCGGAUAUGACAUCUCCCCCCUCAUCACAGUCGCAGCAUCCGCACCUUAAUACUUCUACAAUAGUUGAAAUACCAUCUUCAAGCCUCUCUCAUGUUUCUCCUACACUUCUGUCCAAUCUAUCCAAUCUAUCCGACAUUACUGCCAAUAUCAAUACCAAGGUUACAACUAUCAGUAGCAUACAAAAAUCAACGUCGCCCUCUUGUUCUUCUCCACGCAUACGCUAUUGCUGUUGCUUCCCUGUCUCCUCCGGUAUUUGGGUCAUUUCACUUCUACUCAUUAUCCCGUCUGUAGCCUUGAUUCUUUGCUUUAAUGUGGUCAAUGUACGGAACCUUGUCCGAUUCAAUUCUCCAGCCCACGUCAAGAACUUUUACACGAUCGUAUAUUCAUUCUACACAGUGGUGGGUGUGGUCAUAGCAAUAUGUCUACGUCGGAUGAGGAUCCAGAAACAACUCAAGGCCUUAAUCAUACUUUAUUGGCUCCUCUUCUUGACCACGAUCAUCGAAGGCAUUUACUUUGGUAUCAUGAUGUCAAAACAAAAGGCCAAACUUGUUAGCUAUUGUGAAAAUAGGUUCGAUAAUAGCAAUAACAACAAUAAUAACAACGACAGCAACAGUAUUUCUAACCCUUCUGGAGGAGAAGCCAGCCUUGGUCCAAACCCAAAGCCCUCUUCUCCUUUGAUCUGUCAAGGGGCAGGCACUAUCAUUAGUAUCUUUUAUAUCCUUGGUCCAGGUGGAUGGAUCCUUCUCCAUAGUGCCUGGAUCUUAAUCGUCGUGCUUUAUUCUAAAGCUUUAAGGAGACAGCAUCCCGUGGUGGAUGAAGAAGAAGCUUCAACCUUUAGAAUGCUGCCCAAUCAUCGGGAGAACGCUGCUACCGAGAAAUAUUAUCAGUAUUCAUCUAAAAAGUCUGGUUCUUUUCCUUGGAGGCACCUCCGCCCGGACAUCAACGAGAAAUUGGCCACUCAACGACGUCAGGAUAAAGAGGAGGAGAACUCGGACGAUGAUGAGGCAGAGGCCCAAGAAACAGCUGCUACUCGGUCGCGAGAACGAGGAAAAGAAAGAGCAGAAGAGGGCUUGGGUGAUCAGGACCCUUCCUCGUUCUCCAGGCCUGCGAUGCCUAGGCAACAAAAGAGCUGGUGGAUGGAGCAAAUCGAAGCGAAUCGCGCAAAACGCUAA